GUGGGCAUCCCCAGCCCCCCAUUCUUCUGUCUAAUUUUUCCCGCUCUUCGUGGGCGAUCCCGUUUCAUACUCACGUUGAGUCCCCGGUGUUUUCUGGUUGUUGCUCAUUAUCUCUGCUCACGGCUUCACGCUGUUUGUUAAGCCUGCCCAGUGGUGGCAAUCAUGGAAACCAACCAAACGACGUCGAAAAAGGCCGGGUCCUGGACGAAGGUCGUCAUAUUCGUUUCUCUCUAUGUACUCCUCCUGGAGUCUGUCAUUGAGUGGGCGCUGGUCCUCUACCUCUAUGGAAGCCGACUGGUGGACUCGAAGAUGGCCCCGAGUCUCAUCCUUGCCUUGAUCGCGUCGUUUUUUACAGUACCCCUGGUGGUUCUCCAUAGCUUUCUUGCGUGGCAGCACAAUAAAGUCGCCGGAUUCGAGAGUCAGAAGGCGCUCCUGUGCACCGUAUGCACGUAUCUCUUGCGAUUGACCACCAUCGUCUGGUUAGCUGCUAGCGUGGCAGGCUUGGUGGUCGUGGCCCAGCAAGCUUCCUGCUCCCCGGAUAGCGGGCAUGGUGACUUCUGGAGGACCGGCAUCAGUUGCGCAUUGCAUAGAGCAGCCGUUAUCGUUUCAAUUCUAUCCUUCAUCACUGUGUGUCUAUAUUUCUGCUCCCGAGAGCUCUGCGCGAGUCCCUACGCGGUUUCAUUACUGGGGGUAUACAAAGAGGAGACUCAACAGAGCGACGAGAGCAUAUUUUCCAGCUCCAGUUUAGACAGCGAUACCACCCUGAAGAACGACAUCCUCUAUCUCUGUCGUGGCCCGGACGUGACAUACGGGACCGGACUUUACGUGUCGCCAGGCCAUAACUUCAUCCCGAAAUCAGGGACCAUUGAACAACCCACCCCGGUCCACCCAUGGCCGCAGAUGAAGUUUGGCGCAGACCCAACCUAUGAGGAUGCGGAGGUUCUGUCAGGGACGACUGUUUCGCCCAACGGUACUUUGAACCAGCUCUCCUCAGCAGGGAACACGAAUCCCGACCUGCUGGCCAUCUCUCGGACCCCCACAAUGGCGACAUCUAGCACCGACAGGCAUAAGCGUCCCCAAGCUCCUCCAGUCGCAGAGCUACCUAGCGGGUUGGAGUCCUUGUCCAGACCAGGACAUAAACGGCAAAAGUCGUCUGUUACGUCGCUUCGCAGAUUUCUCCCUAAGAUCUUUGCUUUCUCUUCCCCUUUGUCGGCAGACCCCCAGAUCCGUGCCCUUGCAGAGUCGACUUGUACUCGAGAUAUCGAGAAGCAAGCAGAUAGCGCGGAGAGUGCUCGGACUGUCUUGCAAGGUCAUGGAAAUUCGGUACCUUCACGGCCAGAGCAGCCAGCAAAAUCAACAGCCCCCAUCCACACAGCUCCUGUCCAGCAAGCCUCCGUCCAAACAGCACCGGUCCAACCGACCCCUGUCCAAACAGCUCCUGUGCAGAGCGCUCCCAUCCAGCCAACUCCUAUCCAACCAGCCCCCGCCCAACCCCGCGGACCGCAAACCCCCCCAGGAAAGACCCUGACCCGCUCUGACACCAUGAGCUCCGCAGACGCCCCAGAAGUCGCUCGACCGGCUCCCUUAAACGUCCGUCGAUCAAACACUUCCCAGACCGCACCAAUCUCCCGCACCCCAUACUACGCUCCUCCCCGCGAUCCAUCCUCUACCCCCCCAAACCCAAUGACCCAACACCCCGUCAACCGAUCUCUCUCCUACGGAGGGCCCCCGGCAGGCCCUAGCCUCGCCAAACGCCAAAGCACCCGACGCAGCAGGAGACCCCAAACCCAGCUCUACCAGUUCGAGAACCCACACAUCCCGCGCCACACCCGAAGCCAGUACCUACCCCAAGCGUACUACAACACCAACAACCGCCAACUUCCCUUCGAACCCCCGCGGAGAAUAUCGUCCCUGCAGCGUAGGAACGACGUCGAGGUCAUCUACCCCAGCACCCGCCGGCCCCGUAGCACCACCUACGGCGGCCUCGGCUCGUUCGGCAAUCUGGAUUGUAUUCGCGAAUCGGGCGCGUCGGUGGACGAACCGCCGGAAGAUGUGUUCACGGAUCGGGGCACUUAUAGGGGGACGACGAGGACUAGUAUGAAUGGGUAUUGAGGGCUUUGAGGAGGAGGAGCGGUGUGAUGUGUGUAUGAUGAAGCGUGUCUGCCUGCUGGUCGGGUGGGAGUAAGUCUUCUGUUUCCUUGAAUUCAUUUCAUACUAUGUGGUCUUGGUGUUUUAUUUAUGGAUGAUGGGAUAUAUUUAAUCACUUGAUUGCGGUUUUGGAUGGAGUGCUA